AUGCCCAAACGUACCAGGGCUGAAAAGCGCGCUCGCACCGCCGCAGCGCGCGAGGCCAAGCGCCUCAAGACGACUUCGGGGGAGAGCGGCGGCUCCCCCACCCACGACGACGAUCCGCCUGCGGGCGACGGCCUUCCGGCCGAAGAAGAGACCACCCAGGAGGUGGGUGGAGGUGAGGGUGGUUCAGAGCCCCCUCCCUCGCUCCCUCCUGGCGGGCGUGAGGCGGUUCCCCCGUACCCCUCCGGCACCCCUGGUGCCGAGGGACUUCUCGAGCGGGUGCCACCGCCGUUCGGUGCCGAAUGCUUGGGCUGCAUCAAAAGCGCCCUUAGUGGACGAACGGAGGGGUGGUGCCUCCCAGGCUCAAGCGCUGGCAGCAAAUGUGCGCGUUGUCAGGCCGGCAAGAAGUCCGGCUGCGCUCCCCUCCAGGGGCGUACGCGCGAGCUGGGCGAGAAGUUCCUGCGCCUCAAGCGGGCGAAGAAGGAGAAUCCGGCGGAGACCCCGCAGAAAGACCUGACUCGCGUAACGGCGGCGUUGCGUGAGGCCCUGGCGGCCGACGGGCUGCUGGGUGAGGUCAAGGACGAGGUGGCUCGUGUAGACGAGGCUUCGGCAAGAGAGGCGUCUAUGGGCGCUCUCUCUGUGCUCGAGGCCCAGUUGAAAGAGCCUGUUGAGGAAGAGAAGGUGCCGGCUGCCUCGCGUGCGAAGGCUGACGGUAUCCGGAUCGGAAUCGACACCCUCGUUGGCAUUCAUGUCCCCGCGGACGUGGUGCCCGCGUUGAAGUCCCUUCUGGACGAAUACGCGCUUGCCCUCUCAGGCAAGUAA